AGUGAAGAAACAAACGGAGGCAGAACACCUUAAACAUAAACAACUUCUUCCAUCUCUUUCCUAACUCUUAGCCUUGACAUUUUCUACAUUUAUCAUUCGUCUCAGCACCUUCUGUUCCUUUCUCCAUCCUUUCCCAAUCUACUUAUUAUCCUUCAUCUAUCCGAUACCCCAAUACUUCGAUUCUAGUGAUUCACUACCUGAAUGAGGUAUUCCUCACCUGACUGGUACUUAGUCAAAGGUGUACUCGACAGCAUACCCUAGGUAUGGAUUCUCAGACCUCUCAGACGGAGGACCAGAAUCUUGUCCACAGUCGUCUCCUGAAGGUCCCACCAGAAGUGUUGCUUCAUAUCUCAUCCUACCUCCCCACUUUAGACUAUGGACGUCUUCGUUGCGUUUGUCGACAAAUCGAGAAAUCUCUCUUCCCGUCUUUCGCUAGAGAGUUCUUCACACAGCGUCAAUUUAUGCUCACCGAGUUCAGCCUCCAGGCGCUUGUGGACAUUUCCAAGUCUAGACUUGGACCUCAUCUAAAGUGUCUUAUUAUCAGUCUCGAACGUCCAAAUGCAUGGGACUUCCAACGUCAGGGCAUUAACGUCGGGACUCAGAGCCUUGGUGAUGCGCUCAAGUAUAAUAACUUCUACGAACAAUGCAUCAACCAUCAGACCUUGAUAAGCUCCGGUCAAGAUGUUGAGCUUCUUGCCGAAGCUCUCCGCAAUCUGUCGAAGCUUCAAACAAUUGGUCUACGAGACUUUUACUCUCCCGGCCGAAGCCGUGAUGGAGAUCAUAAGACCUGGCGUACUUACGGCGCCCAAACCUUCUGGGAAGAGACAAAUUCCCACCUCGAGCAGCCACGGUUCAUUCGGCCUCCCAAUGCACCUCAAGAGGGACACGCAAGCUAUGUCUCCCACACAUUUAUAGCCAUGCUGCGAGCUCUGGGAAAGGCGAGGGACAUGCACCAACCCCCCGAGUUCCAGGUCGUCUUACGGACAUGCUAUCUUCCCCCGCCUGCCUUCAACAUACCCCGUUAUCUAGAGCCAACUAUUUUGCCCGUCCUCCAGGACCUCAAGGUCCUAUUUCUGGAUUUGGGACCCAUUUCAUUUUCUCGGUUCACCAUCAAUAAUGGGGGACGAUACGAAGGCUUUACCUAUACUGGUUAUCUUCUUGCCAAAUUCCUUUCGAAGACGCCGUCUCUGAAGCAUCUGAGACUUAAUUUCCGGGAUUGCGGCAUCGCCGAAGCCAAGGGCAUUCUUCAGUGGCUUGCCCAGGUUCCUAUUUCGCCCGGGAUCCCACAGCCUUCCAUGUGGUCAGUAAGCGAGGAAGUAGGAAUGGAUGGGGUGCAAAACUCCGCCAACAUACGAGAGCGUUUCCCCACGUUGCCGCCACCAGCAUUUCAGCAUCUAGAGAAACUAGAGAUCGGGAUGGUAACUGUUGGGCUACCUCUGCUCCUCAGUGUUUUCAAGAGAUAUAAAUCAAGCCUGCGCGCAAUCUCUUUGCACAAAGUUACACUCGACAGUCCACCGCAAAAUCAUACCUCGGGAAAGGUUAACCUCUGGUCGAAGUUCUUCAGCCAAAUCACGAAGCUUGGUCUCACACUCACUGCCAUGCAACUUUCCUAUAUAAGACAGAAGUACAAUACCACUCCCUAUUCGGUAGAGUUUGGACGCCCAAUUUAUGACCCGAUCGUGAAUCCGUUUUGUAAAGGUUGGUCUGGAUUCGAUGUGGAACGCGCUUCCCAAGAGUUUAUCGAAUCCAUGAUUAUUCAUUGGCCUGACGAUGAGGAAAUGGAAGACGACGAUAUGAGCUCAGAAUCAGAUGCAGAGAAUCUGGGAUGGGACGAGGAUAAUGAUAUGGAUGAUGAGGAUGAUGAUGAUGUCAUCAAUUGAGCUAUGUAUCCCCGAUGAUAAUCAAUACAUG